AUGAUCUGGCUCAUACGCGCUAAUCAGACUGGAACGGGGAGUAAUUUCUGGGCGUGGCUGUUGUAUUCCCGCUACUCGCAUCUGUUCCGUAUCGCUGGCAUCGUGGUUAUGGUCGUGUGUAUCGCACAUUACAUCGCAUGUAUCUGGACAAUCCUGCUAGAUGAGACAGAGGAGUUUGAAGACUCUACCAUGUCGUGGGGUGACAAAUACGCCGCCAGUUUCUAUGCUGCGUUGCUGCUGAUACAAGGUGAGGGUGUUCAAGCUGAAACUGCGGCUCAGAAUCUCUUCGCGUCGCUGUCGGUCGUACUAGGAUCGAUCGUUCUAGCCGUAGUGUUCGGUCACGUCGCCAUUCUCGUGUCCAAUUUUAACGCUAACGCCACAAGCUACCAACGUAAAAUGGAAGAAGUGCUCGCUAUGACUGCCAAGCUUCAACUGCCUGUACCUCUGCGUGAGCGUAUCCACGAAUACUACGAGCAUUUGUGGCAUGAAUACGAGUGUCUAGAUGGAGAGAUCGUCCAGUUUUCAAAGAGUCUCUCGCACUCGCUUGGUCUCGAAGUUGUCUUGUUUAAGUACAUGGAAGUAGUCAUGCACGUGCCGUUCUGGAAAGACUGUACCCCGGACUUCCAGAAACAACUGAUGCUGCAUCUCGAUGUGCGUGUGUAUCUCCCCAAUGACUUUAUCAUGCGACAAGGAGAGGUCGAUGUCGAGUUCUACAUGGUGAACCGUGGUUACUGUGAGCUGGAUCGCGACUCGAACCGGUUCGAAAGAGUCACUACUACAACACUGGCAACGGGUAGAAAUGGCUUCAAUAUUGGACGUAGUAAUAGUAUGACAGCUCGUCGUCGCUCUGUCGUCAUGAAUGCUACUCAAAUGAACGAUACGACUCGACAGUCGGCGUAUGAACUGGAUGCCGCUCAAAGACGGUACUAUUUAAACGGAGGUCGGGACGGCAAAGGCACCGAAAUCCUCAUCUCUCGAGGCCAAGCUUUCGGUGACAUGGCGCUUCUGAUGAACUACCAACGAGCAGCGAACGUUCGAGCUGUCACUCAUGUCGAGAUGUGUGUGUUAGCCAGAGAAAAAUUCCAGACGGUACUUGCGAAAUACCCCGAAGAUCGUCGUCGAGUCGUGGUUGAUAUGCUCACGUCAUACAUGCAAAGCUAUGAGGUGAGUAAGUCGCACUGUCCCUUGUUAGAAUUGGUGCGUAAAUUAUACAGUCCAGAGGCGAUCGCCAAGGCGUGUGCUCAAGCUGGCACCUGCGGAGCGAAUUUAUACGGCGAUCAACAAGGAGUCGAAUGA